GACCAAAAUAGCUCUGACGGUGAACUUCAAACGGAAAGCCAGUCGUGUCAACCAGGCCGAUAACGAUGUUUGGGUGCGCGAUUCACGGAAUUGUUAUUCGGGGUAAUGAUCUCGGAGUCUCUCGUUUCUCGGCAAGAUGUCUUCUGCACUCGUUUGUCGCACACCAGAGGUCAGACUCUUGACAGGUACAGAGCUUUUUGAAUCCCUUUCGACCAACGACAAGCUCUUCGCACACUACGCUGCAAAAGCUGCUUGGCUGGGUGCGAGGAUCAUCCUUCGACAAGUGUCCCCCGAGUCUGAAUCGAUCUUCGACUUCAUCAUCCAGCUGUACAACUCGUGUGAUGGAAAUUGGAAGCACCUUGGUCAUUCGCUAGGAAUUCCAGACGACGAGUUGGGCAGGUUCCUUGAAUUUGCAGCAACUUUCCUCAGUAAUGUGGGAAAUUACUACGGCCAUGGUGAUCAAAGAUUCAUCCCGGGAUUUACGACUGAGACCUUCCGAAAGCUUACAUCGGUAUCAAAGAUCACGCAAUACCUUGCAGCACAGCUCGAGGCAGUCAUUUUCGCACCUCUUCCGGAGACAAUUGGUCUGCCGGGUGCAUCCACGCAAAGCGCAUACUAUCAGUCCUUGUCGGGCAUUUCUCGUCAGGAGAUCGACAGCGUUGGUGCUAUCGCGGCGCACAUGAAUAUAGAUCCGGAGAACACAAGAUUAUUCAAGUCCGAGAGUCAGACAGGCAUCAUCGUAGACAUUCUCCAGGCAUCCGUGGAGAAGGAUAUCGCAGAGAACGUUUUACACGACAAGGAUGGUCUGAAAGUGCUACUUGUUCGGGGCGACUUCUCUGAUGUAUUGCAACGAAUCUGCGAGAACCUUGAGCAGGCAAGUGUGCACACCAACGAUGAAAAGAAGAAGGACUAUAUUUCGCAAUUGUGUGCGAGUUUCCGGACAGGAAACAUGGAGCAGUACAAGGAAUCUCAGAGAACCUGGGUGAGAGACCAUCAGACGACAAUCUCAACGGUGUUUGGUUUCGUGGAACCGUACAGAGAUCCGUGUGGCGUCCGAGCCGAGUUCGAAGGCAUCGUCGGCAUCGAACAUCCGGGUGAGACAGCUAUGUUACGUCGGCUACGCGACAACGCAGGCACCUUCAUCAAACGACUCCCAUGGGUGGACAAAGAUCAUGACGAUGAUUCGUUCGGAGCCUUUGAGGUGAAUAUGGUAGGCGGGCUCCACUUUGUGAGCGUCGAAACGAUCGCGUACUGCAGCACUCUGGUGUUUCCUGGAGUUAAUCUUCCCAAUUAUAACGACAUUCGAGCUGAAACAGGAUCCAAGAAUAUCAUGAUCUCGAACCGUCUAGACGGUACACCAAUGGCGGGUGAUUCGACCGCUGUGACUCUUCAUGAACACGUGAAAGGAACGUUCAUGAAACACAGAAGUCACACGUAUCAUCUUUGGGUAGUGUUCCAUGAGCUUUUUGGUCAUGGCACUGGCAUGCUACUUCGAGGAGCCAAAGGCGAAGCUUGCAAUUUUGACAUCGAUAAUCCUCCGAUUAGUCCACUGUCCGGAAAGCCGAUCGAUACGUGGUACAAGCCUAACGAGACGUUCACAGGAGUGUUCAAGGAUAUUGCCACAAGCGUCGAUGAGUGUCGCGCAGAAUGUAUUGGGGCUUACUUGCUGAGCGAAGUCGACCUGCUGGCACUUUGCGGAUACCCAAAGGACGGUGAUAUCAAGCCAUCCGAUCUUGAGUACAACAUGUAUCAGCAGCUCGCAGUGGCAGGAGUGCGCAGCCUGGAGAACUACUCGGUGGAUGAAAAGAAAUGGAGCCAAGCACACAGCCAGGGCCACUUUGCCAUGUUUCAGGCCAUCCGUCGAGCAGAUCCUGAUCUCAUUAAAGUCAACAUCGAUGCCGUCAACAAUAAGCUGCACGUCCGUGUCGAUCGGAGUCUAAGGAAUGCAGAGCGUGGGAGGUCUGCAUUGGGCGAUCUUUUGAUGCGCCUGCAUAUUUAUCGAUGCACUGCAGAUGUGUCACGAUGUCGCACGCUUCUCGACGAGCUCACUGUGCCCGCGCAAGAAUGCCUUGAAUGGAGAAAGAUCUUGCUCGAGGAAGGGGCAGUGAAGCGCGUGUUUGUACAACCAAACACUGUCAUUGUCAAUGGUGGAGUAGUCAUCAAUGACUAUGAGCCGACGGUUCAGGGAUUAAUCCAGAGUUGGGCCGAGCGACAGGUAUGAAGAUUAUGGUAUAAAUCAUGUUUUUCAAACGUUACUAUCUAUAUUGUAAAAAUCGUUUCACUCGCAAGC